AUGAAUCAAGAAAUCUACGAAGAACUUCUCUUCGCAAGAACUUUGAUAACCGACACUAAAGAUUUUGAAUCUAGGUUUGAGGAUAUUUUGACUAUGGUAAUACCACCGUGGAUAAUUAAUCCAUAUGGUGACAUCGAAGAAACGAAUGUCAUAAUACAAGAGGAACUGACUGAACUAAGUACAAACGAAGAACUUAAGGUUCAGUUUAAAAACGGAUAUCAGCAAUUCUGGCUGCAAAACAACAUACCCGUUACUUAUCCCCCUUUGAGAAUAGUUAAACAGGAUGAUUCUAAAAGAAAACGUAGAACACAGAAGUCAGAAAUUUUAACAUCUACACCUAUUAGAGAACAGUUGAGAAAUCAGAAAAAUAAAAAAUUAUCCAAGACCAAAUUGCCAGAUGAAAUGAAACGUGCAAAGAAACCUAGCAGUUCAAAUUUGGAUCGACCUAAAUUGCAGUACCCGAAGCCACCGGUACAUAAAACGGACCCCAAUGAAGAAAAUGUACCAUGCCUCGUCUGUGGAGAUACUUUUGGCAACUCUAGACCUGGCGAAACAUGGAUUGAGUGCAAUAUGUGUCAAAACUGGGCUCAUCAAUUAUGUGCUGAUUACAACAGAGCAGGUUUACACGAUAGACCAAAUUAUGAAUUUAGUGGUAAUGAUACUGAAACCGACCUUCCAGUUUUCAAUAUUGAAAAGCUUACCGAAGAUGGAAUAAUUACAGCAAUCCGUAAACUGAAGAAUAAAAUGACACCGGAUCCUGAUAAUAUCCCUUCCUUCUUGAUCAAGGACUGUUCUCCUGUUUUAGCCAAUCCACUCGCAAAAAGUUUCCAAAGUUGUGGAAACAUGCCAGAACUUAAUUUUUUUUUGUUUGGUAUCCUACGGAGAAUCGUUCAAACUGAAAGGGAAAACAAAGAUAUCAAAUCUUCCCUGUUAGACCCAGCCAUGAGGGAGGUAUGGGCACAAACAAUUCAUACACAAUUUUUUUGUAUUUUUGAUUUCAAUUCGUUUUGCUUGAUUCUGUGCUUUCAAUUUAUUGUGUAUGAUUUUUAA